AUGGCAUUAAAUAACUGUCAACCAAAUAUUCCUUAUUUUUCUCAAGUUAUCAAAAAAAAUAAUGCAUCGAUUCUUUGCUCUUUCAAUAUUUUUGACCCUCAUCGCAUUUACUACAUCCUUUCUAUCAUUAACUUUUCACUCACUCAAUGCGAAGAUACAUUUUCAAAUGAAAUUACUACUGCCUUUUAUAAACCCAAUUCUGCUGUUUCUGGAGAAAAUAUGACAGUCACUAUCACUAGAAUAAAUAUAGUAGCAAAUGGGUUGAAGAGCGGAGCUGGAGGCGUUAGCUGGAGCGAGCGACUACAGA